AUGGACGGUUACGGUCACCAUUCAUACUUUCCACCCGGCGGCAAGAAGCCGGCGCGAGUCAACUCCAACUACGGCGACCCAAUGCCCGCCUCUCACUACCAAAGAGCCCUUCAUGGUGAUGCACCCACGUUCUCGCCUGCCACGAAUCUCCCCUACAACGACAACCCUGCUGUAACGUCUCAGGCUCCGCCAUUGGACACCGGCGCUGCUGCCAGUCCGAUCUUUGGAGAGAGCCCUGCUCCAAUGACCCCGAGUGCAGCUCACACCGCACCUAAUCUUCAUGGGUUAGGCGCUGAAGACUCUCAGAACGACUUUUUCUACGACGAUGAUGAGCUGUUCCAGGCCAUGCUCGACAACAAUCCGGACUUGAAGCGGAUAUACGACGAAAUUCCAGAUCUCGCGGAGGCAGAGCAGCCUUUCCAGACCCACGGAUCCGGCGCGCGUAAUGCACCACAGCACGGCCAACACUCGCCGUUCACCUUUGUGCCACAUCCUAGCUAUAGUCAGCAGCGCCUAUCUGACCAACGCGGUGGGUACGGCGAGCAGCAGGGCUACGGUCCACAACAAGGUCAGACCCAAGGACAAGACUAUGUCUCUGGUCAUGAUGCUACGUACCGCACAAUGGGACUGGCUACAGAAGAUCAGAGUUAUCCAGCGCCCCUCCGACAAAGCACUCACACGCCGCAACAGCAGCAUGUCGGCUCUCAAGCUGCUGAUGCCGCACUUGCAACGCUUCGAAACGGUGCGAAUGACGCCCCUGUUGCUCGUUCUCAGCCUCCCGUACUGGCAUCACCAAAUUUCCCUCGCGCAAUACAUUCCAGUGCCGCGGCACCGCAAGCUCCGACUGGGAGCAUUGUCAUAUCUUCUCAACCACAAGCACAGCAGCCUUUCACGCAGAUUGCGGGCAAUCCUUCCCUCCGUGCUCUUCCGAAUCUACCGCUUUUGAACACGGCUCCGCUGAACGACCAGCAGUCGUUUCAACUCGCGAAAGAGCAGAUUGCACCCCGGCCUUCACAAGCGAUCCCAACAAACCAACCAAGCUUGGCAUUCUAUGCUGGUCGAGCUCCUGCCCGCUUGCGUAAUGGUAUAGCCAACCCGAAGCAAGAAAAUGCGAACUAUUUCAGCGAGUACACAGCUGAAGAGUUGCUGGCUGGUGUCAUGCACCCAGAUGAUGUUUGCGGCACGAUCGUCAUUCGACUUGGGAUGCAGUACAGUGGCAAGGAGCUCCGGGCCUUGGUAGGUGGGCUCUACCCGUUGCAUGGUAUUACCAAACCAGUGCCAGACGCAAACAGCUUCACGAAGCGCAUCACCCUGGCUGUCCUUGCUAAGCAAGAGGGUGACAAGGCUGCUCGAGAUGCCGAGGUGCAGUAUAUCAAGCGGUCUCGCAAAGCCUUCAAGAACACAGGGCGGAUCGCUGUGCCCCGGCUUUCUCCUGUUGAGCUCCGUGCUGUCGCCGCCCAGGCCGCUGCUCAAGCUGCAGCUGUCGCCGCCAUUGCCGCGACAACAGUCCAGGCUAGAGAUGUUGUAUCAAAUCAUGACACACAUUCUAUGCCCUCAGCAGCAGACACACGGGGCUCACAAGCCUCCUCAUCAAAUCGACAAGGUCCAGCUGUUCAGCCUACCGGGUCUGGCGUGACUAGAACCUUACCCACUGCCCAGACUACUCUACAGCCGGCCUGGUCAGUCUGGAAGCGUAAGCACAGCAAAGAUGGCGAAUCUAAUGACGAGCGAGCAGCAAAGCGCUCAAAGGCGGUAGACGAUGCCUACGCGGAGGAGAACAUCCAUCCGAUGGCACGGGCCAUGGCUUCACGUUGA